CCGAGCUCGACGAGAGUCGGCGACCGCCGCCGCUCCCGCUGGCAGCCUCAUAAAGCAGCCUCUGCCCCGCUCCACUUCCGCUCCCGCCUACACACCCGCUUCCUCACUACCACCACACCACUGCAUACCACCGGGCGCAUCUUCACGCUCCCGACUCACACACACACACCUGCUGCCAGCUACACCCACUUCUCGCGCACACCCCGCCAAGCUUCCACCCUCACCCCACCUCGCGCAAGAUGGCAGAGUACGCCGACUCGCCCGUCUACGACAUCCCGUCGCGCAUCACCGGCAAGGGCCAGCCCAAGCCGUGGGUCGACAACGCGACGUACGAGAAGGACCACGCCGCCUCGAUCAAGGACACCGACGGCUUCUGGGGCAAGCUCGCCAACGAGACCAUCUCUUGGGAUGUGCCCUUCAAGACCGUCCGCUCCGGCGGCUUCGAGGCCGGCGACAUGGCCUGGUUCCCCGAGGGCCAGCUGAACGCCUCGUACAACUGCGUCGACCGCUGGGCCUUCAAGAACCCCGACAAGGUCGCCAUCAUCUACGAGGCCGACGAGCCCGGACAGGCCAAGGAGAUCACAUACAAGGAGCUCCUCGCGCAGGUCUGCCAGCUCGCCAACGCGCUCAAGAAGAUGGGCGUGCGCAAGGGCGACACGGUCAUCGUGUACCUGCCGAUGAUCCCCGAGGCCGUCGUGGCGCUGCUGGCAUGCGCGCGCAUCGGCGCCGUGCACUCCGUCGUCUUCGCCGGCUUCUCGGCCGACUCGCUGCGCGACCGCACCGUCGACUGCGAGGCGCGCGUCGUCAUCACGACGGACGAGGGCAAGCGCGGCGGCCGCACGAUUGCGACCAAGUCCAUCGUCGAUGCCGCGCUCAAGGAGUGCCCCAAGGUCGAGCACUGCGUCGUCGUGCAGCGCACGGGCAACAAGGAGGUCGGCAUGACGGAGAAGCGCGACCAGUGGUUCCACGACAUCUGCAAGCGCGAGCGCCCGUACUGCCCGCCGACGCCCGUCUCGUCCGAGGACCCGCUCUUCAUCCUGUACACGUCCGGCUCGACGGGCAAGCCGAAGGGCGUCGUGCACACGACGGCCGGCUACCUGCUCGGCACGGCGCUGACGGUCAAGCACGUGUUCGACGUGCACGAGAACGACCGCUUCGCCUGCAUGGCCGACGUCGGCUGGAUCACGGGCCACUCGUACAUCGUCUACGGCCCGCUCAUGAACGGCGUCACGACGCUCGUGUUUGAGAGCACGCCCGUGUACCCGACCGCGAGCCGCUACUGGGAGGUCGUGGCGCAGCACAAGCUCACGCAGUUCUACACGGCGCCGACGUCGAUCCGCCUGCUGCGCCGCAUGGGCGAGGAGCACGUCAAGGGCCACGACCUCAGCACGCUCCGCACGCUCGGCUCCGUCGGCGAGCCGAUCAACCCGGAGGCCUGGGACUGGUACAACGAGAACGUCGGCAAGAAGGAGUGCGCCAUCGUCGACACGUACUGGCAGACCGAGACGGGCUCGAUCAUGAUCACGCCGCUGCCCGGCGCGACCAAGACGAAGCCGGGCUCGGCGACGCGCCCCUUCUGGGGUGUCGAGCCCGUGCUGCUCGACCCGACGUCGGGCGAGGAGCUCAAGGGCAACGAGGUCGAGGGCGUGCUGGCCUUCCGCCAGCCGUGGCCGGCGAUGGCCCGCACCAUCUUCAACGACCACGACCGCUUCCUCGAGACGUACAUGAAGCCGUACAAGGGCUUCUACUUCACCGGCGACGGCGCCGCGCGCGACAAGGACGGCUACAUCUGGAUCAAGGGCCGUGUCGACGACGUCAUCAACGUCUCGGGCCACCGUCUCUCGACGGCCGAGGUGGAGAGCGCGCUCAUCCAGCACCCCGGCGUCGCCGAGACGGCCGUCGUGGGUGUACCCGACGAGAUGACGGGUCAGACGAUUGCCGCGUACGUGACGCUGAAGCCCAACUUCAACUACGAGUCCGAGGAGGCGCUCGGCAAGGAGCUCGUGGUGCAGGUGCGCAAGCACAUCGGCCCCUUUGCCGCGCCCAAGCGCAUCGUCAUCCUCACGGACACGGACCUGCCGAAGACGCGCUCGGGCAAGAUCAUGCGGCGGCUGCUGCGCAAGAUUGCGUCGGGCGAGGGCGACCAGCUCGGCGACCUCUCGUCGCUCAACGACCCCAGCUGCAUCGACAAGAUCAAGGAGAAGUUUGCCGCUGGCGCCAAGAAGUAGGCUGCCUCACGCUCGCUCCAUCCCACACGCUUCCCUUGUUCCCGCCCGCUGCUGUGUCCAGCCUCGCUUCUCCUGCCUCGUCUCAUUGUCCGCGAAUAUGAACCUUUGACACUGCCGCGAGCGAAGCCUCGGGACGGGGUCGUGGCGGGUUGCACGUGGCGCAGCAGGGUCCCGCGCGCGUCCCGUGCGAACGUGGCG